CAAAAUCGUACCAGACGAACGGAAGCUCGGGGGUCCCUAUAAUACUCGCUUAAGUAAGCCUGCGCGGAAGCGUUCCCCAGGACUUCGACAAAGGACCUUGGUUCAGCCAAUCGUAUAAUCAGCACCUGCAGGUCGUACACCACAACCGUGACUGAACCUGAAACAGCUGUAACAACAGACGACUGCAUGGACAACUCACCCAUCCCACCCCGACCGAUACACAUAGAUUCAUCGAAACUGCAGAAAGGGCAGCGCGUUGGAGAUAGAGUACCAGGUGAUGACACCAAUAAAAACAGAACAAUAGGUAUACCUCGUGGACGAUACAAAGAAAAAUUUCAAUUUUUGAGGGAACGCUUUGAUCGAGUCGUAGGGUUAAAAGAGGAGUAUGAGAGAGAUCUCGAGCUUGCAAAUGCACGGAUGCACAAGCUCCAAGCUGAGAACGACUUGCUUCUUGACGCUAUCAAUCUUACAGUUCCAGCAACGCCUUCCCUCAUGCAUCUCACACGCCCCUCUCCAACACUAUAUUCACACCAAGUUGCACCUCCAGCACCUCCUCCACCUCACCACAUGAACGGGCACAGCGUUCCCCAUGCUAACGGGAGGUAUCGCCCAGUAGAUGUGCGCACGCGAGUUGUCCUUUAUCAUCAUCUCCUCUGAUUUUUGUCUUGAUAGCCGCAAGACAUCACAACUUCGGAGAGGGAUCGUGAUCGUGAUUACCGGGAUAUUCCUCCUGAAACGACAGCGAACGGGCGCUUAUGAAUACAAGCCGAAUGUGUGGCCUUCGAUUGGAAUCCGUUCAUAAGCCUGCCAUUCUGACGUCGCACUUGUCUUCUUGCAAUUUUAUCUUGCUAUCGUUGCAAUAUUUAAUUUUAUAUGCUGUGCGUAUGAUGCACUCCGAUUGGCCAACGAAGUCUGCCGGUAUUCGAUCUCCCC